AUGCCGACGCCCCACACUGGACCCCGCCGACGCCGGAGCCACCUCGCGGACUGCCUCCCUAUCGCACGUCGUCCCCGACCUCCUCCCCGCGCCCCGCUGUCAUUUACCCUACGGCCCCGCCGUGAGCGCUCUCCUCCUCUCCCCUCUUCCCCUGUCACCGCGUGCCCGAGGCCGUGCUCGCUCGCGGCCUCCCCGCGCUCGUCGCGCCUCCCCGGAUGGCCAUCGCGCCCGACCCCGUGGCCACCACUAGCCAUCUCCAUGCCGCAGCGCGCCCGGCCGCACCUCGCGACCGCCGCCCCCACCAUCCCACUCACCAGCCCGCGCCCGCUGCCGCUCCCCUACACCCGCCGGCGGCCCCUUCGCCCGCAGCUGCCCGCGCCAGCGUGCCCCGCACUCGCUGCUGCUGCUGAUGAGCUAUUGCUGCUUGCUGCUCCUUGGGGCCGCCCACAGCCCCCACCACGCGCGCCCGCAGCCGCCCACGCAUGGCCCCGCCUCCGUCUGGCCGCGUACGCCUCCGGCCAGCGCCCGGCCUCGCCUGAGCCACGCCUCGCCGACUGCUGCGACCGCCGCGCCCCGUUGUGCUCCCUCGCGCGCACCCGCGCCGUUCCCCGCUGCGCCCACCGCGCUCCGCCGCGGACUCGCGCGGCCCCGCUGCUCCCCGUGCCCGACGCUGCUCCCGCCAUCGCCGGCCACCGAGGCCUCGGGUGCGAGCGACCGCACCCGUUCGCCCGUCGCCCGCUUUCCCCUCGCCCGUUCAGGCGACGCCCGUUAGCCCGACCCGCUGUGGCCCUUUAUCCCAAUGACACAGGGGCCCACGCCCCAGACGUUUUAAAAAAGGGAAUAAAAUAA